AUGUCCCGGCUCGCUCUUUUCAAAGCUUUUCGUCCUUUGACUUCAUGUGCCCGUUCUAUGUCCUCCUACCCAAUCCCUGAUUCGGUUUUUGGAUUGACUGAAGACGAUAUAGCUUUCCGUCAGUCUUUGAGGGUUUUCUCUGACAAAGAACUUGCUCCACAUGCCAAUGCUAUUGAUAAGAAUAACGGGUGGGACGGCCUGAGACAAUUCUGGAAAAAGUUAGGAGAUCAAGGACUUUUAGGAAUCACAGCACCUGCUGAGUAUGGAGGAUCGGAGUUCAGCUAUUUCUCCCACGUUUUGGCCAUGGAAGAACUUUCCAGAGCAUCAGGAGCUAUUGCUCUUUCAUAUGGAGCUCACUCAAACUUGUGUGUUAAUCAAAUCGUAAGAAACGGAACUGCCGAACAAAAGGCUAAAUAUCUCCCUAAGUUGAUCAGUGGUGAACAUAUGGGAGCCUUGGCUAUGUCGGAACCUGGAGCAGGUUCUGACGUUGUUAGUAUGAAGUUAACUGCAACAAAAAAAGGAGACAAAUAUGUACUCAACGGUAGCAAAUUCUGGAUCACAAAUGGACCUGAUGCUGACGUACUCGUAGUUUAUGCAAAAACUGAUGCGUCUAAGCAUCAGCAUGGAAUUACGUGCUUCAUUGUUGAAAAAGGUUUUGCUGGAUUCUCGACAGCACCAAAGCUUGAUAAGCUCGGAAUGCGUGGAUCCAAUACUUGCGAGCUUGUGUUCGAUAACUGUGAAAUCCCAGCGGAAAAUGUCAUGGGAGGAAUAGGAAAGGGAGUUUAUGUACUCAUGACUGGUUUGGAUUACGAGCGCCUCGUCUUGUCAGGAGGCCCUCUUGGACUUAUGCAAGCCGCUUGUGAUAUUACUUUCAACUAUGCUCAUCAGAGAGAACAAUUCGGGCAAAAAAUCGGAACAUUCCAACUCAUUCAAGGCAAAAUGGCCGAUAUGUAUACAACACUGAAUGCAUCUCGUGCCUACCUCUACGCUGUUGCUAAAGCUGCCGACAAAGGGAAUGUUUCUAACAAGGAUUGUGCCGGAGUAAUUCUGUAUCUUGCUGAGAACGCCACGAAAGUCUGCUUGGAUGCUAUUCAGAUCUUGGGAGGUAAUGGAUAUAUCAACGAUUACCCUACUGGACGUCUUUUGAGAGAUGCUAAGCUUUAUGAAAUUGGUGCUGGAACUAGCGAGGUUCGUAGAUUGAUUAUCGGAAGAUCUCUUAACAAGGAAUAUAGUUAA